AUGGAUCCUGAAACGAAGGAGGCCCCAACUCCUGUGCCAGACGAAGUGUCAAAAAAGCAAGAGGAAAACAUACUACCAAUUGGUGAUACUGUGGAACAAAUAUACAAUGAAAUUGAGGAAAAGGGAAAAAAAUUAACUUCCUCUCUUUCUUCCUACUGGAAUUCAUUCCAAGCUCAUGUAUUGCCAUCCAAUGAGUCGACCUCUAAUCUGUUUGAGACUUUGGGGAAAAAGACAGAGCUUUAUAUAAAUGAACUGGACGAGGACUUACUGACUAUACAAAAUACCACAACCAGUUACCUGAAGAAAAUCGGCUCAUUUUGGGACCAAAGCGAACCAGAAACUAAAAGUGAACCUGUCGAUUCAAACAGUAAAUCAGAGGCCCAACUAAAAACUCUCAACACUUCUAGAGAUUUGUAUCUUAUUGAUUCUUCAACAGAUAAACAGUUUCUAGAGUUUGAAAAAUCUUUCAAGUACGAUGGUUUGAAUGUUCAAAACACAAAGAAGCUGUAUCUACAAGACGGCGAUCAACCUCUCGUUGAAUUAAUCAAAGAAUUGGUUCCUGGGAAAAUGUCGGAGGAGGCUUUUUGGGCGAAGUAUUUUUAUAUGAGACAAAAGAUAGGCAAGCAGAAUGGUAAAGACGAAAAAAAGAGUUCACCAUCACAACCGAAAAAAGAGGAAGUUGAAGACUUUAAUUGGGAUGACUCAGAUGAAGAAAGUGAGUUUGCCAUUGUUCAAAAGCCCAAUGUUGAACUGACGGAGGAAGGCGAAGUGCUGAAGGAAGAUGAGACAGAGGCUGAUCCGGAGAAGAAAGAUAUCGGGAAGGCAACGACAAAAACUGUGCAGGAUGCUGGAACGGAUAUUGAAACGCUUCCUGAUACACGUAAGCCCACAACUAACGAAACUGCUAAAACUGAAACAAAAUCUGGAGCUAAAAACGUUGAAGAAGAUGAUGAUGACGACUGGGAGUGA